AUGGCUGAUCGUGAGGAAUGGAGAGAGAUGAGAGUUGUGAGAGAACUGGAUAGAGUUGAGUCCGAUCAGAGUUUGAUCGGCGUAAACUUCCUGCGAGAUUUAAACGACAUCCGCCACUUCACCGUCACCAUAGAUGGUCCAGUUUCAACCCCUUAUGAGGGUGGAAUAUUUAAAAUUGAUUUCUUGUUACCAGAAACUUAUCCCCUUGCGCCUCCUCAUGUGAGAUUCAUCACAAAAAUUUGGCAUCCGAAUAUCAGUCACCAAAGUGGAGCGAUACGUAUGAGUAUAUUGAACAACGAUUGGAGUCCGACGAUGGGCAUAAAAGCCAUUGUCAUUGCCCUUCAGGCCCUACUAUCGGAUCCAGACCUUAGUGAUCCACUCGACGAAUAUUAUCGCGCUUCUAGGGAGUCAUUCAACAGCAAUGCUCGGUACUAUACUGAGAAGUACGCAAAGGAAAGGAAUCCGCCACCUCAGCUAACAACUAGGACCUCUGGAACAAGAAGAGUUACUAGGAUCCCUAAACGUUUGGACGGAUUUUUGUUAUAA